AUGAUGGCGGCGGCGGGAUGCGGAUCAGCAACCGCGGCUGCCGUAGGAGGCCAAGGUGGUACCGCUGCAGCCCGGGGUCGUUUCCCCGGUCGGCCUUGGUCGUCCCGCAGUCGUUUGCGUUCCGAGAAGCGGUGGCAACUCGGGCGAUCGGGGGCGGACGCGGACGAUGUGACCAACGGAGGCCCAAGGCCCACGAACCUGGUCCUGUCGUUAAACGAAGACCAGUCUCACUUGCGUUUACUCGGGAUAGAGGCGAACCACAAGAGCCUCGGUCAAGCUGGAUACAGCUCAAGUGGGAGUGAAGAGGUGAGGUCCCAAAUCGACUCAGGAGGUGAUGACUUCAGAGGAUUUGAAGCCGAAGGAAAAGGCUAUAAAGGACCUUUACGAUCACGAAAAAAUCCUUCCAAAGGCAAUCCUGUCAUCACAAAGUCUAAACGACAAAGAGAGAAGCCGCCACUUGAAACUCCAUCAGUGAACACAGGGAUUACCUCUCCAGAUCCUGAAAAAGAUGUAAAAUCCACACAGGCAGUCCAAAGCUUAUCUCCUGAGGCAGAGCCUACAAAGGAUGGAAAGAAAGUUUCUAAAGGAAAAAACACUAAGGAGAGACAGUCUACUAAAAAAGAAGCCUCUUCAACGCCAAGGAUUACUAUUAAAUUGGUGGCUAAAAAGAAAGUGAAAGUGGAAAAGGGGACUCCUAAAAAAUCAGUGAAGAAGUUGAAGAUAAAAGGAUUUCAGGAUCCGCCAAAAGCUAAGGAGGUCCAAGGUGGCCAGAUCUCAAGUGCUCAUGUCAAAUUAAAAUCUGAACCACAUGAUGGUAGACAUGAUGCAGAGAAUGAGGGAGGGGGAGCUGUACCUGCAAGACGACGUGGACGGUCUGCCUCAAAGACAGCAGAAUCUGGUCCUGAGGCUAGCACCAAAGUUGAGGUUAGUGACCAAAAAUCAGCCAGGCAAAAAUCAGCAGGCCAAGUAGACAUUACAUUGAAGAGUGGAGAUACAGAGCCAAAAACUAAUGUAAAGAAAUUAAAGCAGAAAGAAAUGACGACAGAGAGGAACACUGAAGGUAAUAAACUUGUGAUUCGUAGGAGAAGUAGAGCUACUAACCCACUCCCUAAAAAAAUCAAAGACUGUGCAACAGAAUCAGAAAAUCAGUGUGCAAAUGAAGUUGGUCAAGCAGAGUCAACAAUAAAAGUUUCAAAAAUAGAGAAGGCGAAACCAUUGACCAGGGAUGACAGAUGUCGGAAAAGCAAGAGGUUGAAUAAGGACUUUUCAGUGUCAGAAGUCAAUGAUGCAUCUACCACAGAGUCUGAUAAACCAGCUGUUGAAUCCAUUGACAGUCUGCCCUCUAAAAACGAAGAUAUGAAAGUCCCAGGUUUAAAAUUGAUUAGAAUCAGAAACCCCAAAUUUGAUGCUUUGUCAAGAAAAAAGAAUUCGUCUCGAAAAAAGAAAAGGAGCAAGUUUGUGUGGACUCUCACAUUAGUGAAAGGACGAAGUCAAAUACAUAGUGCUGAAAACACUGUCAGAGUAAAAGAGACCAAGAAGAGCAUAAGAGAAGUGGAUCAGUCCCCUCUUUCAGACACCAGUGUCCUUAAGUGUUUGGAAGGAAUUGAAAAAAGCUCAAGAAUAGAUCAUUCCGUUUCAAAAGAGAUUAACUUCACAGAUAAUGAGAAGUGUUCCACAAACAUAUCUGACAUAACAUUUGAGGAUAAAUCCACUUUACAUGUGGAAGUUGAAGUGGAACACAUAGCUCAUCCCCACCCACAAGACUCAAUUAAAACAGAUUGUGCUAAAGUCGUUCCCCCACUUCAGAUUAAAAAGGUCUCUUCACCUGGUAAACGUAAAAGCUCAAAGCCAUCAUUUUUAGUUCAGCAAGUUAGCCCUGUACAUGACGAGAAAGAGGAUGUCUUCAAAGAGUUGAGUGGAAUUCAUGAGGAUAAACCUUGUAGCCAGGGCACACAAGUCAUGCCAACUGGUAGACUAAGGAGAAGGGCUUCAAACCUUGCUACACCACAGAAAAAUCGUGCUAAUAAUAAGCGUUUGACGACUCAGAAGCGCAGACUUAGAACAAGUCCAGAUGUGAAAGCCACUCAACAGGUGCAAGUUAAGGAGACUUCACAGCCAUCAAAUGAGGAUUCCUCCCCACCUGUUCCUCCAGACGUCGAAGACUCCUGUCAGGCUCAGUCUGAAGAAUCCCUGCAGUUACCCAAAGACAGCCCUUCUAAAGUUCAUGAAGACUCCUCACAGAUUUCUGAGGAUUCCUCAAUGGUGCCUGUAGAACCUCCUGAAGAGACCCAGAAAAGUGUGGCAGAGCCACAGAUGAAAGAUGCCAAGCCAUUGCCAGUGCCUUCUAAACCUAGAAGACGGAAAACAAACCUUUCAAUGAGAAAACGCUCUAUUCAAAGAAAGAAGGUGGUAGUCUUUCCAGAAGUGAAUCUAGACACAGAGUUUGCUACAGUUGAACCUACAAACACUCAGGCUAGUAGUGUUAAUGAAGACACUCAGCCUGUGGUUAAUGAAGAACCUCCUCCUGUGGUAAAAGAAGACAUUGUGGCAGUAGUGAAAGACUGUGAAAAGCCAGAGGGAAAAGAGGACACUGUGCCAAUGGAGCAAGAAAUUCAGCCAGUGGUAAAAGAGGAAACCGAUAUUCAAUUUAUAGAUAGUCAAGAGUCUGCGAUAUUAGAUCACCCAGCAAAUGAUCAGAAAAAAUCAUGCCUGCAAAGGAGAUCACUCAAACAGGGCAAAAAGAGGCGGAAAGGUCUAAUUGGACAGCGACAAAAACAAAGGCAAACGGUCAGAGAAAGAGAGUUUACCCAUACCGAUUUACUUGACAGUCAGAUGAAUGAAAGUGUUGAGGGGGAUAAUGAAGCUUCGGUCCCAUUGGCACCAUCUACACCUGCUGCAGCCUCUAAACUUAUUGGAGUGCAGAAAAGGUAUGAAAGAAAACAGACAGGUGUUCAGUUCCUCGGGUCUAAAACACCAAGAGAACAGUCGAAAGCCAUAUCCAAGCUGGUAGAAAUUGAGCUCAACAAAGACACUUUGAAGCAGGAAGAACCAGACUCAUUAGUUGGUGAUGCAUCAGAGGUGCUAGAUGUCCAACCUGGUAAAUCAAAAUUCCUCAAAAACAUCAAACAUUUCAUCAUGCCUGUUGUAAGUGCCAGAUCCUCACGAGUCAUCAAGACCCCACAACGAUUUAUGGAUGAUGCUGGCAUGUCAGUUUUGCCCCGAAGAAACUCCCCAAAGAAGGGCCUACAAUUGGGUUUGCAUGUGCGUCCAGGAAAGAGACGAGAUGAUGGCAUAGGCAGAGAAAUGUCCCCUGUCCUGCCAGUUGAUGAUGAGGACUGUGAAGCUCAAUUGGAUGUUAAUCUUUUUUCGACCCAGGAGUUAGAUGACAAUACUGAUGCAGCUGACAGCUUGUUCCCUGUGAAAAAAUCUGGGAAAAUUGAAAAGAGGAAGUCUCUAUUGAGGAACCCCAGUUUCAAGUGGCAUGUGCCAGGAGAGUCUAGUGAGGAUGUAUAUACACUGUCAAAGAGUCCAGAGAACAAGUUUGAGAAUAUAUUUUUAUCCAAUCCAUUUGAAAUGUCCUCGCACCCAUCAAGUGACUUCCACUCUGUUCAGAAAAAAAGAAAACCCCUCAAGUUUACCAAACAAACAGCCCACCUCAAGAUUUACAAAAGGCUCAAAAAGUUGCACCAUGGACUUCCUAAAAGCAGAAAAAUCGAGACGGAUAGUGUCAGUAAACCUCUCCAACCUCUCAUUGACUUAGCUGAAGGGCUUGAUGAUGAGGUAAAGAGCAUUAGCCUAAGGCAACGGAAUACGAACACUGAGAAAGGCAAGUCCAAGCUCAAGAUCGAAGACCUUGAUACUCCUGGAGUGGUGAGGAAAGUGUCUGUGUGCGUCAGGACUAUGAAUUCCAAGUUCCAUGCAUUUCAGUGUAGUGAACAGAAGGACAUGGCGGCGAAAGAUGAGACAAAUACUACCGUGUGACAUUAAUUUAUCUACAAAACAGAAAAGCUGGAGUAUGGACAGGACUUUUGCACAGCUGUUAAAGAGGUCUCUCCUGAAUCUGAGGUGAAGGGAGCUUCACAGAGAAUGCGCCUCACUGGUGCAAACAAAAGAAUGUUUAAUCUACUGAAGAAAGCCAAGGUCCAGCUCAUCAAAAUUGACCAGCAGAAACAACUUAAGUCAUCUGGGCUUUUAUCUGGUCAACCUGGCACCAUGUCUAGAGAUAUGACCUCUAAGAGACGGAGGAGGAAGCAGAAGGAGCAGCUCAAUCCUGAUGUCCCAGUCAAGACUGAACCGCCUCAAGGACAAGAGUUUCGUAGAGCAGGGGGGCCACGUAUAAAACAUGUUUGCCGUGCUGCAGCUGUGGUGUUGGGGCAGCCUCGAGCCUUGGUACCCGACGACAUCCCUAGACUCAGUGCAUUGCCAUUGCAUGAAAGAACUGGAAUCUCCCCAUCAGCCAUUACAAAAGAUGUUGGGUCUCCCUCUGAGUCGGAUAGUCCUGUGCUGUCAGAUCAAAAGGUCAUCAAAGUCAAGAAGCCAAGUAACUUUUCGAAACGGAAGGGACUUGGACCCUUUGGGUACCGCUCUCGGAGGUGUGGAGUGUGCAAAGGCUGCAACCAUGAGGAGGAUUGUGGAAAGUGCAUCAACUGCCUUGAUAAACCCAAGUUUGGAGGGCCCAACACUAAACGACAGUGCUGCGUGUACAAGAGAUGUGAUCAGAUUGAGGAGAGGAAAGCACGUCGUUUAAGUGGCAGAACAGUCCCCAAAGCUCCCUCUAAGCGCAGGCGACCGUCUAUCAGUGGGGGCCAUUCAAGUAACGAGGAAGGGGACGAGGGUGCUGUGUGGUCGCCGUCUGGUCUUCCGGGUGACAGCCAGAGUCCAUCUCUCAGGAAGCAGCCAAAGCGUGUUGUGAAGCCUCGCAUCUACUUUGACCUGCUGGACUAUGACUCGGAUGUAGAUGUCAAAGCUGUCUCUAGUUCAACCUCCCCAGCCAGGAGGAGGAGCCUAGGAUCCCGCUUUAGUCAAGACUUUGUGUCACUUGAUGGAUUUCUGGAAGAUACUUCAGAUGAUGAGGUUAGACACCGCAGGCCCAGCUCACACCGCGUACCAUCUGGGCGGCGCAAAACCGAGAAGGGUCCUUUGGAGGAGACGCCUCCCAGUGUCCUGGCUGCCUUGGCCCAUGGGUUUGAGCAGAGGGACAGCGAGUCUUCUGAACCCACUCACAAGAUCAGGGUGGACUUUAAGGAGGACUGUACUCUGGAGAAUGUCUGGAUGAUGGGUGGUCUGAGUAUACUGACCUCUGUGCCCAUAAUGCCGCCUUGUGUCUGCCUUCUGUGUGCCAGUAAAGGACAACAUGAGGUGAGAAUGCUGUAUUGCCAAGUGUGUUGUGAGCCAUUCCACCAAUUUUGCCUUGACCCAGCGGAGCGACCCUCUGAAGAGAACAAGGAGAACUGGUGCUGUCGCCGCUGCAAGUUUUGCCACGUGUGCGGCAGGAAAAACAAGCACUCAAAGCCGUUGUUGGAGUGUGAGCGUUGCCAGAAUUGUUAUCAUGCUUCCUGUUUGGGACCCAACUAUCCCAAACAUAACAAGAAGAGGAAGGCUUGGAUGUGUAUGACAUGCAUCAGGUGCAAAAGCUGUGGGGUCACACCAGGGAAGAGUUGGGACACCGACUGGAAUCACGAUAAAGGGCUCUGUCCAGACUGCUCAAACCUCUUUGACCAGGGCAACUACUGUCCAAUCUGCUUCAAGUGCUAUGAGGACAAUGAUUAUGACAGCCAGAUGAUGCAGUGUGGAAGUUGUAACCAUUGGGUGCAUGCCAAGUGUGAAGACCUAACAGAUGACUUGUAUGAGAUACUGUCAAGCUUGCCAGAAAGUGUUGUGUACUCAUGUCGACCAUGCAGUCUGACCCAGCCCAGUGCCUGGAGGGAGCUGCUGUACAUUGAACUCAGGGCUGGGGUGGAAAAGGUUCUGGCUUGUCUGCUGUCCUCCACCCUUACUCAGCAUCUUGUCACCUGUUCACAGUGUGAAAACUCCGUGGACCCAGAUAGUGGAAUAGAGGGCCAGCCAGCCUGUGACCUCCGAGCUGUGGGCAAGAAGUUUGACAAAGGCCUUUACACUACAUUGAAAACCUUCCAUGAGGAUGUGGUUCAAGUGGUGCGGAAGAGGCUUGAGCAGGAGGAGAAUCUUCCGGAAGAGGAGAGACCCACUGCCCUGGCGCGCUCUUACUACUUAAAGCUUCUGGAAGAAGUAUUCAAUUGGUUCAACAGCCAAGAUCCAAAAGUGUGGGAUCCUUGCACCAAAGACUUACCCAUGGGGAUGCUUUCUCAAGCCAUUCAGCCCCCUACUUCUGAGCAUGUGUAUGCCCAGUGGCAGGACAGAGAGGAAGUGCAGACCAGGGCUCCUCUGGAAGUGCUGCAGGAGGACAAUGUGCAAGCCUUAGAGGUGAAGCAAGAAGAGGCAGCCUCACCUCUGUCAAGUGAGCCAACUAGCAGGAACCACUUCAAGACCAGCAAGGCCUUCAGGCUCAAAUGUAAAGGUAAUUCAGCAUGUAGAGGGGAGAAGGUUGAGAAAAGGGGCCGGCUCUCUAAGGCUGAUCUGGACACUGGAUGGUCCAAGGAUGAUGAGAGGCAAUGCUCUCUGUGCCAAAAAUAUGGAGAUGCCAAACCCAAUGAAGCAGGCAGGUUGCUUUACCUAGGCCAGAAUGAAUGGGCCCAUGUCAACUGCUGUUUGUGGUCAGCUGAGGUAUUUGAAGAGGACAAUGGCUCUCUACUUCAUGUGCACAGUGCUGUCACAAGGGGUCGCUUAAUGCGAUGUGAGCGCUGCAACCAAACGGGUGCCACAGUGGGUUGCUGCCUCACUUCUUGUCAGAGCAACUAUCACUUCAUGUGUGCCCGCUCCCGUCAUUGCGUAUUCCAGGAUGACAAGAAAGUCUACUGCUACAAACACAGACAACUCAUCAGUGGCAAAAUGAUAACUGGGCAAGCGUUCGAGGUAAAUCGUAGGGUGUAUGUUGACUUUGAGGGCAUCAGUCUCCGCAGGAAGUUCUUGACUGGGUUGGAGCCAGAAUCAAUCAACGUAAUGAUCGGUUCGGUACAGAUCGAGAAGCUCGGUGUGCUUACAGAGCUUUCAGCUAGCAAAGGAAAACUGUUUCCUGUGGGUUUUCAAUGUUCUCGCUGGUACUGGAGUACAGUUAAUCCAUUGCGUCGGUGCAAAUAUACAUGCACAGUCCGGGAGGUCCGACCACUCGUCCCCGAGAAGCUUGUUGAGGAAAUGCCUGACCAAGGAGAAAACUGUACCAUCCCCCACAGCCCCUGUCCCCCACCCGAAUCAGAAGCCCACGAGACCGACAUGGCUGAACCCCAACCUCCAGUGGAGAUAGUAUCCAUUAACCCAGCUCCAAAUCCCAAACCCGAACAUGGACUAAGGCCAAAGAUUCCGAGGAGACCGGCUGGAGGAAUGUCUCGGCCCUUGCCAUCACCAGGAGUAAUGCAGUCCAAACCCCACCACAUAUUAACCAUAAGUGAUCUGGAGGAGACCCGCAGGCCCCGACGCCACAGUCCACACUCUCAGACAUCAGGCCUCCGUAGUCACUUGUCCCCUGUACCUAUGUGCCCUCUCACUGGACCGAUCACCCUCCGUGCUGGAAAGUCCUCUCUUCCCACCUCCCCACUAUUCCCUCUUGGUGCUACUGACAACCUGCUAACCUCUCCAUCUAUCCGCCCUGUUGGAGGUCGAACUACUUCCUCGGUCCGAUGCCCUGGGAAUUCAAUGACUCACUCUACCUCAGCACUGUUUCCUCAUCCUCCAUGGCAAGAUGGUGUGGGAAGCUUUCCCUCUCCAGGCCUGUCUUUCUCUUCAGUCAUACAACAUUCCCCCAGACCCCGAUUACCAUUUGAUCUGAGCCAAGCAGACUCUGUGGAGGUACCACACAACUUCCUGGCUUCACCUGAGCCUGAAGAUGUUUCUACAGCAAAUGGUACAUCACCGCUAAGGGAGUCAGGCCAACAGAGUGACCAAGAAUUUUCCUAUGGGCCAUUCCACAAGGAUCCUGACAUGACUCUGGGCUCUGAGCUGAAGACAGAGCUAGAGAUUGAAGAGACAUUGCUGAAUGAAGGGGUGGCAAUGAACUGUGGGGGCCAGAUAGUGGUGGAGGGCGAUGACCAGGAGGAAUUUUGGGGGAGAACAAAAGAGUUACACAAGCGAAAGUCUCGUGUUUCAUCCCUUCCACGGUCCACUGCCUCUGCCAGGGGAGAUUUGGGAAAUGCAUCCUCUGAUGAUGAUAUGGAACACUAUUUUGACUUUUCAAGGACAAUAGUCAGUUGUCCUGGUUCGAAAGAUCAGCCCAAGUCGCCAUCUUCCCCGUCCUCUAGGCCUAUUGCUCAAUUGGAUGGUGUAGAUGAUGGUACAGAAAGUGAUGCCAGCAUAGCUACCAAUGAUGAUAGUCAGAAAGCAAAGGGUUCUAGUCAAGCUCGGAUUCCUACCCCAAACCUAAAUAUACUUCCUGGGUCAAACAGUUCAAGCAAUGGGCUGAGUGCUGAGAGUCCAGUCCCCAAAGUAUCAUCUAUUCGCAAGUUUUCCGAGUCUUCAUCACUCCCUGUCUCAUCCUCCAGUCAAGCCUUCAUGGAUAGUUUAUCCCAGAAUCAACCUAAAGCCCUUGACACUGCUCAGUCAAAUGAGGCUGAUGUGAGCUUUGUUUAUCAACAAAUGACCACAGUCUCUACAAAUGAGCAGCAAAGCUCUGAAACUCCUUCAGAAGCACAGACGGGCGAUCAGGAACUUGCUGCCCUUGUUCGAGAAUCUCCAGCUAACAUAAUCAAUCCAAAAACAUCACAAAGUACAUAUCCAGGAGCGUUAUUACAGGCUUCCAGUUUAGAAUUUUCUUCUGGAACACCUCUUGUCCUGGAAAGGUGUGACCCUGCCUCUCCAAGCACGCACCUCACUGAGAUGGUUCCAGUGUUAGAAGGCUCACCCAUUGGUACUCAUCAGUCUGAGCUCCCCAAACCUCUCUUCGUUGAACCUGAAAGCAGCCAUUUUGUAUCAUCCACUGAUGAAUCUACUGUCUAUAUGAACCAUUUAACAACAGCAAGUUCAGGAGAACCCUCAUUGGGUGAUUCUGCAGACAGUAACCAUGGUCCUCUGUUAGAUCUUCUUCAGCCUUCCUCUCUUAUUUCCUCAGAUCUGUCUAACCCCUCCCAGGUUCUAAUGGACCCUUUACAGAUUAAUCCCGCUUUGUCUGGUUUUAGCCAGCCUCCUCUGGCGAGUAUUACCCUUCAGCCAGUGUCAUCCUCACAAGACACAACAAAUCUGACACCUAUGGGGUCUUUCUGUACUAAACUCACAACCCUCAGUACAGUUGGAGACAUAUCACAAAUUCCAUUGAACAUAGCCACUCAAAAUGAUCCAAUGUUGUCUGCCACAUCCAGCACCAGCCACCCAGUUGGAACUUAUGGAGCUGUUUCUUUACCAAUGUUGUCCACGCAAACACAGCCAUUAGGUUCUACAGCAAUAACUAUUGUUUCUUCCUCCUCCACCAUAUCAUCAGUGCCUGCUGGAUUGUUGACACAGUGUCCAUCGACUCUGUCUUCUGCCCAGCCCACUGCAACCCCUGUGAUAAUAAAUGGCUAUAGCUCCUCAUCUUUGCAGAAGGAUGCCACUCCCGGUCACACAAUCUCCAUCAACUUUGCUACACCCAGGCCGGCUUUAGAGCCUCAACAGCCAAUGGUACCUCAAGCUCUACCAGGCCAUGCCAUCCUUACAGUGAAGGAGGUUGGAGGUCCAAAUGUUGAUCCUACACCACAUGUUCUGCUGGUGAAUCGCCUCGGCCAGAUCUUUGUGAAAAACCCAGAGAGCAACACUUUCCAGCUGCCUAGUCCCAACUCUCCUUCCUACAACUGUGUUACUCAAAUAGCCAGUCUACUUCAGAGCAAUGCCCUGUCAGCCACACUGGCAGCUGCUGGCAAUAUGACUGCCCCACUUCCUGGGACGAACCUGGCAACAGCAAUUCCCCAGAUGGUAUCUCCUGCCGUUCAGAAUCCAACCACUAUUACUCAGCUGCUCACUCACAAUAGCAAUGGGUCAGUGGCCUCAGUCAAAGUCAAGAAGCCAAGGAAGAGCACAAGAACAUUAGCAGACGGUACCAUCCUUGAGAUGAAGAAACCCAGGAAAAAGAAGGAGUCAGUUGGAUCCAGGCAAUCCAAGUCAGCCAAAGCCACAGGGCCUUUAUGGACUGAGAAUCCUCCAGUGACACCUGUGGAAAGCGCCCAAGCCAUCAUCAACCAAGCAAUGGCCAGCAACUACACUCCCAAGUGGAGUGGGCCUCGAACACUUAGCCCCUCCUCCCUGGUUCUGCCCCCUGGGUUGUUAAUUGAACCAGAGCCUCCAACUUCGCCACCUUCAUCAGCUCCAACUCCAAUGCCAACACCAACACCCCGCCCUCGCACCCAUGUCCGCAUGAAGAGGGUUUCCUCUCUUUCAGACCGCAUUGUCACAAAAAAGUCCAAAGUUGAUUUCCUGGAUCCAGAACCCCCCAUUGAUACUGAAGAACACCAAAGGCCUAGCUUUCCUAGUGUCUCCUCCAGGGUGUCAGGAGUUCGCAUCAAGACACCCACAGUGAAAGAAGUUUUGAACCUGGACAAUAUGGAUGAGGAACAUUUCAGUGAUUCUGACAGUUCAGGGUCAGAGUCCUGGGACUGUGUGUCAGUGUCUCGGGGGGAUGCAGGGAAACAACAAGUUUGGGAUGCAGUGGGACACAGCACCCUCACUGACUGGAAAAAGUACUCAGGUGCUGCUUCUAGCUCAGAUGAGGAAUUACUGCCAUCUGACGAGGAUGAGGAAUGCCCACCCAACAAAGAUCAGCCACAUCUUCUGUUUCAGAUCACCAGCGAUGACGGUUUCAGUGCAGAGGCAGACAGCCUAGAGGUGGCUUGGAGAGCAGUAAUAGAUGGGGUGCAGGAGGCACGGGCGAUUGCUAGGCUGAGACAGCUGACUUUCUCCGGUAUGACCGGUGCCCGAAUGUUCGGCCUGGUCCACGAUGCGGUCAUGUUCUUGGUGGAACAGCUCCAAGGGGCCUGCCGGUGUCAGCGCCAUUCCUUCCGUUUCUUCAAACAGUUCACCCAGGAGGAUGACCUGCCUAUCAACCCUAGUGGCUGCGCCCGCUCUGAGCUCUACCUUAGGAAGUCCACCUUUGAUAUGUUUAACUUCCUGGCUUCUCAGCACAGACAGCUUCCUGAUAUAGGAUCAUAUGAUGAUGAGGAGGAUGAAGUCCUUCUUAAGUCCACCAGGCGGGCCACCAGCUUGGAGCUGCCUAUGGCUAUGCGCUUUAGGCAUCUGGAGAGGACAUCCAAGGAGGCUGUAGGUGUAUACAGGUCUGCUAUCCAUGGCCGUGGUCUUUUCUGUAAACGGAAUAUUGAAGCGGGGGAGAUGGUCAUUGAAUACGCAGGCAUUGUCAUUCGCUCAGUUCUCACAGACAAAAGAGAGAAGUACUAUGAUGGCAAGGGUAUUGGCUGUUACAUGUUUCGCAUCGAUGACUUUGAUGUGGUAGAUGCAACCAUGCAUGGCAAUGCAGCACGAUUUAUCAACCACUCCUGUGAACCUAACUGCUACUCACGGGUCAUCAAUGUGGAAGGGCAGAAGCAUAUUGUCAUCUUUGCCCUGAGGAAGAUUUACAGGGGAGAGGAACUCACCUACGACUACAAGUUCCCCAUUGAAGAUGCCAGCAACAAGCUCAGCUGUAACUGUGGGGCUCGGAGAUGUCGGCGCUUCCUCAACUGAAAGGGUCCCUCACAACAAGAGGAGUAUCCUGUUUAUACAAGUUACGCCUUAAAUUA